UUAGUAUAAUCAUCAAUUUUAAUGUGUGAUAAGACACAUUUUAUGGUUUACUUCAUAAUUAGACUAUACUUUCUAUAUAUAGAGAGUCAGGGCUCUCCUUAGAUUUUUCUUCUCUCAAGGGUAACAUUUAUUUAUUUAUUUAUUUUUACUUUUUCAUCCAAGAUAAAUUUUAACUCUGCAGCAAAAUAGGGUUAAAAAAAAGUAAAUCUUUAUAAAUCCGAAUCCAAAAAAAGAAAAAAGGGGAGAACAAGGAAAUGAUCUAAUUAGAGCCAAGAUGUGGCGGAGAUCCACCUACUGCCCCAUCAUUCCUACACUCCAAAACUCCAAUGUUUUGAUGCUCUCUAGCUCAUCCUCUUCCCUUAACUAACUACUUUCAAGGCUUCUUCCCCUAAUAAUUCUCUACAGCUCCAUUCAAUUAAAUUCUCUUCAAACUCACCAGAUUUCAAGCUUAGUAUUUUCCUUCCCAUUAAUUUCCCAUGCAACAUCAAGCUAACCCGCUUCACUAACUGCCUAUAGCUAUAGAGAAGCAAUAUAUAAUCUGAGUAUGCUUGCCAUCUCACCUCAUGUUGAUGAUGAGCUCACCAAUGAGUUGUUCAGAGUUCCGAUGCUGGAGGACUUUAACUUCGACGAUCUCUUCCUGGACUUCAACAAGGAUGUAUUGCCUGACCUUGAGGUCGACCUCGAUGACUUCUCCUUUGACGAUGAUGAGCAUGGCGAGCAACAGAUUAUAUCUCCUGAAUUUGAGGAGAGGUCGACGGAGGAGAUGAAGAGUUUGAGUCAUGAGCCCGAAGAUAACGAAAGGGCCAGCCCGAGCACGUCAAAGGAAGAUGGCAAGGUUGGGAAUGCGGCAUCACCGGAUCAAGCUAGUAAAGAAAGGAGCAAGUCUUCACUGGUGAAGGCUAGCUCAUCAAAAGGUUCUCAAGGAAAGAGAAAGGUGGAUUGGACGCCGGAGUUGCACCGGAGAUUUGUUCAAGCGGUGGAGUAUUUGGGAAUAGAUAAGGCCGUCCCCUCAAGAAUUCUAGAAAUAAUGGGAGUUGAUUGUCUCACUCGCCACAACGUUGCUAGCCAUCUUCAAAAAUAUCGGUCUCAUCGGAAACACCUGUUGGCGAGAGAGGCGGAGGCGGUGAGCUUAUGAGCACCCGGCGGCAGGUGUCAUACGCUACCCCACCGUCCAUGGGGCUUCCCUCCUCCACCAGCACCUCCUCCUCCUCAUGCUUUCUGCAGGCCAUUGCACGUGUGGGACAUCCUACAAGGAUCAUAUGUGGCCUACAAACUUCACCUCUGGCCCUGCCCCGUCAGCCGUCACCUCCCGCCCUUUGGAUUCCUCCGGUGCCACACACUACUCCACCACCAUGGCUCCCUCAUUUUCCAUUUCGGGCCAAAUGCUGUGACACAAAGUGCACCUUGCUUCCCUAGGCCAGUUCCACCCCCAAUGAAAUUUCCACCUCCAGCAGUUCCCUGUGUUCCUCCUCAUUCCUUGUACAAACCAAAUAAGACUAUUACUACUGAAGUCCAUCCCAACAGCAAGAAGCUAGACUCUCAGAUACUUGACGCGCCGUCGAAGGAGAGGGUGGAUGCAGCUAUUGGAGACGUAUUAGCAAAGCCAUGGUUACCAUUGCCUCUUGGAUUGAAGCCUCCGUCACUUGAUGGCGUAUUGGUGGAGUUACAGAUGCAAGGGAUAUCAAAAGUACCUCCACCAAAGUAGUACUUAUAUCUCAGUCGUAUAUACGAUAAAUCAAACUGCUAUUAUCGUAUAUAUACGGUCAAGCUAGCGAGACCAAGUAACCUGUCGACUUGUCUGUCUAUAUCUUGAUGUUUUCGUUGGAAGCUAGCUUCUCUCCCUAUGGGAGUACUCUUAUGUCUCUCUUAGACUGUAAAAAUGAUUAUGUGUCAGAGAGUAAAUAAUUAAGCAUCUUUC